AGGCUCACUUGUUCCCGUCUUUAAUGUGCAAUCUGUUUUCUCCAGCGGAGGGCACUCAGUGUAUCACAAACUCAAGCAUUAGCACCAACAAGCUCUGAGCAUCAUCAGUCUCUGGAAAGCCUUCUGAAUUAGACAAGGGCUGCCUCUCAGCACAGCUACAAAACACUUUAAACCUGACCAGCUAAAUGGAUAAACCUAGCCUGCAUAGCUUUUAAACUGGGGUCUUAUACAGCACAGGAGGCCUACUUGCUUCAAGAACUGAAAAUCCAGAGGAUGAAUUGCUUUAUCUGGGAAUGGCAAAAGCCAGCACAAUAAGGAAUGUCAGUUUGUAUGGGGCUACUAGCUCACAUGCGGGAUCAGAAUGGUGUGAAUGACAGCCGCACUGUGUCAUGAACGUGGUGGUGGUUUCAGCACGGGAGACCAAAUAAGAAGCAAGCUGAGAGAGGGGGGAAACGUUUUUGGAUGACAAAGGAUGGGUUUCCAUUUAAUUACGCAGCUGAAAGGCAUGAGUGUGGUGCUGGUGCUACUUCCUACACUGCUGCUUGUUAUGCUCACGGGGGCUCAGAGAGCUUGCCCAAAGAACUGCAGAUGUGAUGGUAAAAUUGUGUACUGUGAGUCUCAUGCUUUCGCAGAUAUCCCUGAGAACAUUUCUGGAGGGUCACAAGGCUUAUCAUUAAGGUUCAACAGCAUUCAGAAGCUGAAAUCCAAUCAGUUUGCCGGCCUUAACCAGCUUAUAUGGCUUUAUCUUGACCAUAAUUACAUCAGCUCAGUGGAUGAAGAUGCAUUUCAAGGGAUCCGUAGACUGAAAGAAUUAAUCCUAAGUUCCAACAAAAUUACCUAUCUGCACAAUAAAACGUUUCACCCAGUUCCCAAUCUCCGCAACCUGGACCUCUCCUACAAUAAGCUUCAGACAUUACAAUCUGAACAAUUUAAAGGCCUUCGGAAACUCAUCAUUUUGCACUUGAGGUCUAACUCACUAAAGACUGUGCCGAUAAGAGUUUUUCAAGACUGUCGGAAUCUUGAUUUUCUGGAUUUGGGUUAUAAUCGCCUUCGCAGCUUGUCCCGAAAUGCAUUUGCUGGCCUCUUGAAGUUAAAGGAGCUCCACUUGGAGCACAACCAGUUUUCCAAGAUCAACUUUGCUCAUUUUCCACGUCUCUUCAACCUCCGCUCGAUAUACUUACAGUGGAACAGGAUUCGCUCCAUUAGCCAAGGCUUGACAUGGACUUGGAGUUCCUUGCACAACUUGGAUUUAUCAGGGAAUGACAUCCAAGGAAUUGAGCCAGGCACAUUUAAAUGCCUCCCCAAUUUGCAAAAAUUGAAUUUGGAUUCCAACAAGCUCACCAACAUCUCACAGGAAACUGUCAAUGCGUGGAUAUCAUUAAUAUCCAUCACCUUGUCUGGAAAUAUGUGGGAAUGCAGUCGGAGCAUUUGUCCUCUAUAUUAUUGGCUUAAGAAUUUCAAAGGAAAUAAGGAGAGCACCAUGAUCUGUGCAGGACCUAAGCACAUCCAAGGUGAAAAGGUCAGUGAUGCAGUGGAAACAUACAAUAUCUGUUCUGAGGUCCAAGUGGUCAACACAGAGAGAUCACACUUGGUGCCCCAAACCCCCCAGAAGCCUCUGAUCAUCCUUAAGCCUACCAUCUUCAAGCCCGAUGCCAUCCAACCCACCCUUGAAACACCAAGCCCUUCACCAGGGUUUCAGAUUCCUGGCACAGAGCAAGAAUAUGAGCAUGUUUCCUUCCACAAAAUUAUUGCGGGGAGCGUGGCUCUCUUUCUCUCAGUGGCCAUGAUCCUGUUGGUGAUCUAUGUGUCUUGGAAACGCUACCCAGCCAGCAUGAAGCAACUCCAGCAGCACUCUCUUAUGAAGAGACGGCGGAAAAAGGCCAGAGAGUCUGAAAGACAAAUGAAUUCCCCUUUACAGGAGUAUUAUGUGGACUACAAGCCUACAAACUCUGAGACCAUGGAUAUAUCGGUUAAUGGAUCUGGGCCCUGCACAUAUACCAUCUCUGGCUCCAGGGAAUGUGAGAUUCCACACCACGUGAAGCCCCUGCCGUAUUAUAGCUACGACCAGCCGGUGAUCGGGUACUGCCAGGCUCACCAGCCGCUCCACAUCGGCAAGAGCUACGACGUGGUGUCUCCGGAGCAGGACGAAAGCCCCCGCCUGGAGCUCGGGCGAGACCACAGCUACAUCGCCACCAUCGCCAGGUCUGCGGCACCCGCCAUAUACCUGGAGAGAAUAACAAACUAACUGGGACGCCAACUCCUCAUUGGGGAACUCGCCGGGGGGGAGGGAGGGCCUUCAUCUUCAAGGAGAAUGGGUGUCCAAAUCGCGGGAUCCAGCAAGCUCAUCGUUCCUGUUCCAACAUUUACGGCAUAGAGAAAAGAACACACUAAAACAAAACUGCUCACAGAGGGCAGCCGGUGCACCUGCGGCAGAGCUGGGAGAACUACGGAACUUUCUUUGCUUUAAAACAUAAACAAAAAUGCUCCCGGAUGUAAAUAGUAAGAACGUCAAGUUCUUAUAAAAAUAGAUUUCACCCUAGCUACAUAUAGGUUUGUUUGUAUAUUUGAUUUUUCUACACUGCAUGGUUCCUAGGCCGGAGAACCACAGGGGGCAAAUAAACGAGGGUGGGCGGGAGUUGGGGAAACAACCCGGUUUUCCUUGUUCGGUGUGUGUAACUCUCACGGACUUGAUUUCAAUUGCUUUCGUUUUAUUUUUCCUUUACAAAUGCUGUUUCUUCUUGUUUCUUUUUAUUGUUUGUUUGUUUGUUUCCUUCCUGGUCAAGUGAUUCUGUUUCUAAUUUCUAAACAUAGGCCUUACAGCUUAUGUUGUACCAAAAGAAUAUUUGCUUUACCACAGACCACAAAGAAUGAAAGUUGACCACCAAGUUUGACAAAACCACAGGAAGGAAAAAUCCAAUGAAUUUGUGCGAAUAUCCCUUGUACUUGACAUUAGGAGUUUUGUUUGACUCCCAUUGGCAGCCCUCACAGGGUAGGAAGCCAAAAGAUGUGAAGAACUCCCGCGGAGAAGACCAGCUGAAUUCCUCUCACGUGGACUGGGGGACAUGAGAACAACGGCCAUGUGGUCAAUGGUUGAAACUGCCAAACUGACACAUUUCUAAACACAAGAUAAUGUGUAACAUUGCUUUUUAAAUUAAUUAUCAAUAUUAGCUUUUGUGUAGUUUUUAUCAAUAAAAGAA